GCUUGAUCAUCCCCGCAUUGUUCGCGCGGCAGCCACCAUGGCAGGACCGUUCUUGUCUCCCCUGCCAGGAGAUCUCCUCUCCGAGUAUAUGUUCGGACGCAGACGGCAGCAACGACGCAACCGGACGACAUUCACUCCACAGCAGCUGCAAGAGCUGGAGGCGCUGUUCCAGAAGACGCACUACCCUGACGUGUUCCUGCGCGAAGAGGUGGCCCUGCGGAUCAACCUGUCCGAAGCGAGGGUGCAGGUGUGGUUCCAGAACCGGAGAGCCAAGUGGCGGAAGCAGGCGCGCCUCCAGCUCCUGCAGGAUGCCUGGCGCAUGAGGUGCCUCGGCCUCGGAGCGCCGCCCCUUCUGCUUGGACAGCCGCCCCCGGGGGCGGCCGCCGAGAACGAGCCCACCAACCUCAGCAACAAAAUCGUCGACAACUACAGGGUACCUCAAAAGCCAAUUUGCGGCUACCCGUCGCAGCACACGGCCACGAGCAGACUUUCGCCAGCGCAAGCGACGUCGAGUGACGAGGAGGACGCGGUUGCCGAGAGACUCAAAGUCAGUCCCGCUCCUCCGCCAACCACAGUGGUCUCCACCUAAUUAUGUUGCGUGUGAUCUCUUUGGGUAUAAAAACAGACGAAUCCCCUCUCUCUGCUAUUCAAUCGACUGUAUAGAUGUACAAUAAUUAAUUAGGCAAGCGAAUCAAGUUGACUAGUGAUUUCCACAUUAAAUUUGUUUCUUUGUCCACUCUUACCUGGAAUAUAAUGUAUAUCAAAAUGUAAAAUAAAUGUUUAAACGUAAUAUAAAGCGGA